AUGGUGGGUUCGCGAGUUUAUGUUGGCGGUCUGCCGUUCGGUGUCCGAGAUAGGGAUCUAGAAAAGUUCUUCAGAGGUUUUGGCCGAAUUCGUGAUAUCCUCAUCAAAAAUGGUUACGGUUUUGUGGAGUUUGAAGACUAUCGAGAUGCUGAUGAUGCAGUGUACGAGCUAAACGGGAAAGAGUUACUAGGAGAUAGGGUCGUGGUGGAGCCGGCGCGAGGGAUCGACCGCAGUGCAGACCGUUACCGGCGCGACCGCCACUACGACCGCGACCGCGGCCGGUCACGAUACGACAGUGACUACAAUUAUAGAUACGGACCGCCAACGCGCACGGAGUAUCGGCUUAUCGUCGAAAAUCUAUCUAGCCGCAUUAGCUGGCAGGAUUUGAAGGAUUAUAUGCGUCAAGCUGGUGAAGUUACUUAUGCUGACGCCCACAAGCAACAUAGAAAUGAAGGCCGAUCCAAAUCUCGCCCCAAGAGUAAGAGUCCAGCUGCCAAGUCACGCUCCAGGUCUCGCUCCAAGUCUGCGAUGUCGCCGUCGCUUAGGGAGCGCAGUCGUUCCAAGUCCCGUUCGAGAUCGCCCGCUACCCGUAGAUCGGAACGUCGUUCGGUCUCCAGACGGUCCGCGUCCAAGUCCCCGCCGAGGAACGGCCACCGGUCAGCGUCCAGGUCCAAGUCCAGGUCGCCGAAAGCAGAAUCCAAGGAAAGAUCGCGUUCUCGCAGCAAGGAGGCGUCUCCCAAGCGUGAAGAGAGGGAAGAGCGUCGCGCCAGCAAAUCGCGCUCUCGCUCCCGCUCGCGUUCACGUUCCCGCUCGCACGAUCGCGGCAACGAACGCGACCGGUCCGGCUCUCGAGACCGCUCACAGUCAAGAUCGCGAUCCGGUUCCCCGCGUCAGAACGGUGACGGCCAAGACAGAGCCAGUACAGAUCGCUCCCCUCGCAGUGGGGACUAA